AUGAAGAAAGCAUGGGUCACCCGAAGAAAGAAUCAAGCAGCCAGAAAAGCCAACGCACAGGCUACUUUGACGACUUCUCAGUUACAGUCUGAACAAAUUCGAAGCAUGGGGGAAAGCGACAAAGAGGCUGACAGCACGGCGUCCGAUAUUCAAGAACCGGCUCGCCUAAUGGUCACAUUCAAUGUCCGGGAGAUCAUGUCAAGGAUCCAAGCCCGAUGCAACAGCAGCAGUGAAGCAGAGCAGCCUCCACAGAUCUUUGAACGAGAAUCAGAGAUAGAACGGAAACAACCCAAGAUCGAGUCGCUCUACGCCGUUAUCAAAGGAAACCACAUGUACGGAACCGGUUGGAAGACGGAGCUGGAACUGAGUUGGAUCGCCCUGUCUGAGGUUACUGCGUACUGGGCUUCAUUCCCGGGAGGACGCGAUGGCGCUAUCAAUUCAAUCAGCCCCAUUCUCCUGAAGAAGCGAGUUCUCGUGGUCCUUGGCCAUCGCAAGAGACGCUACGGCCGGCUUGAGCUCAAGGUGCUGUACCAAGGGGUGGCUCCAAAUCCCAUUUGGGUGGAGGAUUGGAAGGUCCAAGUUGGUCAGGAAAUGGACGCACGCACUAUGGAUGACUACUGGAAGGCCAUCGCCGUACAGCCUGGACCGUACGGUUUGCAAGAAGUUGUGGAGGAAACAACGCUGGAGCUCAAUAUUCAACCAGACUGGCCGAUGACCAUGGGGUCUUUAUGA